CAAGUCGCAAGGAAUCAAUCAUCUUAUUAUCUGAACUGUGGGCGGUAAAAGUAAAUUUGAUCGUGUAAGUUGUAACUAUAUUUAAUGAGAAAAAGUUCUACGCGGUUUGAGCAUUCUCUACAUCUUUUCCAAUUCCAUGUAAGCCAAAGUUUGCAACUGCUACGUCUACGACUCCGUUUUGCGUUCACUGUCUCUCGUCGAAGUAGGAUCAUCUUUCACGUCUCCGUCACCGAUAGAGAGGGAGAAAGAACGAUCACCUGUGCACUGCGUACCAAAACCCUAAUUCAAAAUCUUUAAUCGCUGACACUCUUUUUACAAAAUCAUUCAGUAACUUCAAGCUUACCAGUUGUAGACAGUAGAUUGCUGAAUUCGAAACCUCUACGAGUGGAAAUCAAUCAUCAAAUAGGAGAUGGAUACGAGUAAUUGGAGGCUUACUGAGGGUGGAAGUGGCGAUGUUGGCGACUCCUCUAUGGAAUCUAGUGAUUGGAGGGCUGAGCUGCAAGAAGAUUUAAGGGAAAGGAUGGUGAACAGGAUAUUGGAUGCCAUGAAGAUGCACCUUCAGGUCUCUGGAGAUGAGGGGCUACAGGAGCUUAGGAAAGUAGCUGUGAGUUUUGAAGAGAAGAUUUAUGCCACUGCAACAAGUCAGUCUGAUUAUAUGCGGAAGACAUGUUUCAAGAUAUUGACUAUCGAAACCAGAUCACAAAAUCCCAUGCCAGAUGCUAAUAGUGUAAACAACUCAGAUCCAGCAUCAUUAGAUUCCACAAAUGGUGAAGACUGGCAAGAGGAAGUUUACGAAAAGAUAAAAAUUAUGAAGGAUCUUUAUCUACAAGAUUUGAAUGACAUGCACCAGAAAGUUGUUCGCAAAUUGCAGCAGCAUGAUUCUCUUCCUCAGCAAUCAAAUAAUGAGCAACUUGAGAAGCUGAAAUCAUUCAAAAACAUGUUGGAGCGUUUCAUGGCAUUCUUACAAAUCCAAAAGCACAACAUUUUAGUCAACUAUAAAGACAAACUGAGUACUUACGAGAAGCAGAUCAUCCAUAUCAUCACCUCAAACCUCCGGAAACCUGCCGCCACUCAGCAGCCACCACCACAGCCACUUCCUCCACCACCACAUAUGCAUUCUGUGCAACAAAAUAUCAGUAUGAAUGGUUCUCUACAGCAAAAUUCAGUGAAUGGGACUGCUGCCCAACAAGUAAACAUAAAUCCUUUGGUGUCACAUAAUGGGAUAGCUCAGACAGGAAAUGAAAAUGAUGGAGAUUGGCAGGAGGAAGUGUAUCGAAAGAUAAAAGCUAUGAAGGACCUGUAUCUACUAGAUUUGAAUGACAUGCACCAUAAAAUUCUUGUCAAAUUGCAACAGCACGAUUCUCUUCCUCAGCAGCCAAAGAACGAGCAACUUGAGAAGCUGAGAAUAUUCAAAAACAUGUUGGAACGUUUCAUGGCAUUCUUACAAAUCCAAAAGCACAACAUUUUAGUCAACUAUAAAGACAAACUUAGUAUUUAUGAGAAGCAAAUCGUCCAUAUCAUCACCUCAAAUCACCGGAAACCCGUCCCCACACAACCACAACCACCACAUAUGCAAUCACAAUCACAAUCACAACAAACACACGAAAACCCAAUGACUUCCCAAAUGCAAACAGUCCAUCUACAGCAAACUUCUCUAUCUGGGGGUUCAACUUCAAAUUCUCAACAGACAGGGAUGAGUUCAAUACUUGACUCGGUGAGUGGGAGUGGGGCCCAACAAGUGAACAUAAAUUCAAUGGUGUCUGAUGGGGCAAUAGGUACCCUACAGCAACAGUUCCUUCAGAAACAACAACUCAUGCAACAACAACAACAGCAGCAGUUCAGACAACCAGAAGGAAACCAAGUUAACCAGACGACUCAGCUUCAUGAUGGUGGUGGUGAUAUGAAACUCAGACAACAACAAAUGAUGCCAGGUGGCAGUCUGUUUUCAACUCAGUUAAUUCCAGGUGGCGUGUCCCCACAGAUUGAGGGACAAAAUAUGUUUAAAACUAUGCAAUCUGCCAACUCAACUAAUGUUGCCAACAAUGGACAUGGGCAGGCAGUGUUGACUAGUCAAUCUCUUGCUAUUGGGACACCUGGCAUAUCGGCUGAGUUUACUAGUCCGGAUGGGAAUGGUUCGAUUGCUAAGUCUAGUGCUGCAGAACAGCCUAUUGAGAGGUUACUCAAAGUGGUGAAAUCAAUUUCAUCGAAUGCAUUGAGUGCUUCUGUUAGUGACAUUGGUUCGGUUGUGAGUAUGAUUGAUAGGAUUACAGGAUCAGCACCAGUUAACAGAUCAAAAGCUGCAGUUGGUGAGGAUUUGGUUGCCAUGACAAAAUGUCAUCUUCAAGAAACAUCUUUUGCCACUCAAGAUGGAACCACUUCCACUUCCAAUUCCAAUUCCAAUCCCAUCAGGAAGAAGAUGAAAUGCUUUACAACUGCAAUGCCUUCCAAUGUUGCAGUCAAAAGGCCACGGAUUGAGACAAACCACUCCCUUUUGGGUGAAAUAAAGGAGAUAAACCGAGGACUCAUAGACACUGUGGUGGAUAUUAGCACGGAGGAUGUUGACGGAACCGUGGUUAAAUGCUCGUUCAAUGCAGUAGCUCUCGGUUCCAACUUAAACUCCCAAUAUGCUUCUGCCCAAAUGUCACCUAUUCAACCUCUACGAUUGCUCGUUCCUGCAAAUUAUCCGAAUUGUUCCCCGAUACUCUUGGAUAAGUUUCCCAUGGAAAUCAGCGAGGAGUAUGAGGAUCUAUCAGUGAAGGUGAAAUCAAGGUUCAGUAUAUCUCUGAGAAGCCUGUCACAACCGAUGUCACUUAAAGAAAUUGCAAGGACUUGGGAUAUUUGUGCACGUGCUGUUAUCUCUGAAUAUACUCAGCAAACUGGUGGUGGUACUUUCAGCUCUAAAUAUGGUACAUGGGAGAACUGCUUAAGUGUGAUAAACUAACUAGUAUGUAUACUAAUUGCUCUGUGAAGCUAAAAGUGUAAUUAUUGUUGCAAAGACUACUAAUGCUGUUUGGUUGAUUGUGUUUGUCUACACUUAAUUUGGCUUAUAAGGUUAUGCUUGCGUGCGUAUAUAAGAAAAAAAAACUAUGAAUCUAUAUUGAUUUCUUUGCCUUUGCAUAUGUAUAUGUUGUUCCCUUUUUGUUAUAAGGUUUGUAACAGUUUUGUCACAUUCUAUAAGAUUGGAAAAGCUCUCUACAAAGUGACAUGUCUUGUAAUCAUUACAUUACUUGCUAUAAAGGCC